CGACGCAGCUGAGAAAGAAGAUGCUCAUCUUUUAAGGGCUGACGAAGGGCCCAGCAGCAGCAGGAACAAGAAUCCAGUAGGAGAGACGUCCGCGGAUGUUGUCGUCGACGAUUUCAGAGCAAAAGACGUCAGCGAAAACCCAGACAUUGACCGUGAGAGGGCCGAGAACGGAGAACGCAUGAUUGACAGCGUGUCGCGAAGACGUCGAAAUAGUUCGAUGUUCCUCUUCCAGCUAAAUCGUGACUUCAAGUCCUCCAGUCGUCCUACUGGAGCAGAAGACGAGGCACAGGCUGCUACGGAUUCGGGGGAACAGCGAGGAUCGGCAAAGUCAACUCACAGAAAAAGCAAGAGCGAUUCCCUCGCGAAUGUGGUCGCGGCGAUGCGUCUCGCGAGGCCAGGCAGCAAGUCUUCGCCAAAAGCAGAGGAACCUUCAGCUCUGCUGGGGUUUGAUGCCGGUGGAGGUGGCUUCGGAACGAGUGGCGGCAGCAGGAGUAACGGAAAGAGUCGGAGUCCUUCAGGGGUAGGUCAACUUGAGGACGAAAGUGGCGCGGAUCGUCCAGGUGGACGCGGGAGCGGGGAAAGUCGUGCUUCCAAGCGCUGGGGAAGCAUGCACUUGUUGAUUCCACCCUCCACCAUGCUCGGCACAAGCACGGCGGAGAGCACAUCCGGCAAGGGAUCGUCAAGCAGGCCACCGUCAGCACCGCGAAAGCCGACUCCAAAGUCGGAAAGGACUAGCCCGAUCGAAGAAAUGGGGCACAUUGAUCUCAUCGGUGGAAGCAGUCGCCGAAAAAGUGCGCUGAAUGCUUCGCCGGAAGGAAUCAAAGUGUCUAACAUUAUGGCUAGAAGGAUAAGGACUGCAUAAAGACCGACAAGAAGAGCAAUAGAAAUUGGAUGAGUCUGGUCUCGGUAUUCUGUUCGCCGUAAAGCCCUGUCGUUGCUGUAUAAUGGAAAUAAGAAUAAUUCAGCUUUACAUUUACUCAAGAAAUGCUAGGACCGAAUCUCAUAUCAAAUCGGUAGUCAUCUGGUUAUGUCGGACUUGGAUGUAUUUGUGUUGCUUCAUCUAACCACAGUUUGAGCAAUUACAGCAGCGGCAACAAUCUCUCGUCUUCUGGCGUUUCCGCGUCACAAGGUGUGGGGCAGCCAUGGGAAAAAGCGCAGUCCGAUUCACUGGGCGGACACGCGAGUAGAAGUACAAGAUCCGCUAGUAUUCACGUGACUCCGUCUGCGUCGACGGCUAGUACUAGUAGCGGCCAGGCUCGGCGCCAAACAGUGCAACAGCCGAUGGCUCCACUUGCGUCGGCAGGCCACCAGGUCCUGUCGCAGCCGGGUAACGAAAUUCGUCCUGGUGGGGCUCUUUCUCUGGAACAGGAGCAGAUUGGCAACAGUAUCUCCACCACAAAUGAUCAUAGCGGAGGUGACGGGGCGUCGAAGUCAUGGUUGGAAACCACCACAGCUGGGAGUGUUGUCGGUUCGAGGAAAAGCAUCGAUAUUGGUCAGCUGGAGCAAGCAGCGCGACUGCGAGAAGAGCGG